AUGCUCCUUCUAUCCCUUCGCCGAGUGUAUGCUUUUGUACUGCUGGUCAGUGUCCUCUGCUUCACGACGAGCGCUGCCUCCUCGGACGCUGGGGCACUGGAUGGAUUGAGCCAGAUUCCGCUAUGCGCCCUGCAAUGUAUCACGGAAAACGUGCCUGUCAUUGGCUGUGGGCUUGUUGACUUGGAGUGCCAAUGCAAUUCUAAGAACUCGACCAAGAUCCUGCAACCGUGUUUGGAAAGGGAAUGCACUUACGAUGAGACUUUCGCUACGCUCCGCGCCCAAGCCUCUAUUUGCAAUAGGCCGCACAACAACCUGGCGACCCCCAUUCGAAUCGUGGCAUACGUGAGUGGCAUCAUACCAAUCAUCGUGAUUGUAAUGCGCUUUGGUUCCCGAUAUGUUGGCGGUAACAAGCUUUGGUGGGACGAUUGGCUCCAUCUCAUAGCAGUCAUUCUGGUCAUCCCUAUGACUGUUGCCCUCUUAUUGAACCUCAAAGCAGGACUCGGCUAUCACAUAUGGGAUCUGACGUAUCAACGCGUCGUGUCAAUUGGAAGAUGGACCUAUAUUGCCACCAUGUUCUGGGGUGUCGAAUUGCUCCUUAUAAAGUACAGCAUUCUCUGUCUAUAUAUCCGCAUCUUUCCGAACCUCUGGCUAAAGCGGGCUGUCUACGCCUUCAUGGUCUUCACGGCUCUAUUCACCGUUCCCCUAAUCUUUCUGGCUGCCUUCCAAUGCAUCCCAGUCCACGCUAUAUGGGACCUCCAAGAGCAGGGAACUGCGAAAUGCAUUGACUAUAUCGCCGUCUUGAGACUGACGGUUGUAUACGAAAUCAUCGCCGAGACUAUUCUCUUCAGUCUUCCUAUUCCGAUCGUGUGGAAGCUGCAGAUGCAGACUACAAAGAAGAUUCAGCUACUCGUCUUCUUUAGCCUUGGUAUCUGUGUUAUUGUCAUGUCCAUCAUACGCCUACCGUUCCUGCCAGGUGUUGUCGACACUACCGAUCCAACCUACACAGUGGCAGGCACAUCCAUCACCGGAUUCAUAUCCAGCGGAGUCGCACAUAUAUGCGCUGCCGUUCCCACCAUCAGGAACUUGAUACGCUUCGUCCAGAACGGGUUCAAGAUGCCCACGAAGGAUUCUUCAAGCUACGCUCCAAACCCCAGCACUUACAACUCCACGAGCAAACGAAGCUAUAAGUCAUUGGAGGACAAGAAAAAUGGCUUCAUCACAGCACAACAGCGAAGCAAAGCCUCAUCCCGCGAGACAAAGGACCCAUAUCGCCUGUCUGCAAUUAUGGAUGUCGAAGAAGAUGGUAGAGUCGUGGAGCUACGUGCGAUGGACUCCCCAACUCAUGGCGAUGCAUUGGAUGACGAGGAACGGGGUGAACAGCAAGGGAAGGUACUUAAUCAAUUGCUCAAGAACAUCAAGCAAUGCUCUGUGGAGCUCUUGAUGAAGGAGAUCGACGAUGCUGAGGAACUCACGACAUUCUGGGAUCGAUUAGAAUCUGAGCAGCGAUGGCCACUGUCCGGUUCGGAUAUACAUGAGACUGUCUCACUGACGCAAUCUGAAAUCCGUGCGCACAGCGAUAUAUACGACGAUGCCAUCGACGUUGCAAAAUCAGCGAUACUUGCGACUAUUCUUCACACCCUUUUGGGUACACGACAUGUCACUGUCUGGUUAAAAGCCAAGAUAAACAUCGCAAAGCGAAGCGAAAAUGGAUAUCUGCUCUCGAGAGCUGUUAAGUGGAGGCUGGCGGACACUAUAGAGCUAUUGUUGGUUUCCGGAGCAGAUCCCCAGAAUCAUGGUAUUGACGUCCUGAAUCCCAUUAAUGGGUACGGCUUGCUUAACAGGGAUGAAAUUCAUUUCUCCAUUGCAGCUCAUCUGUUCCUGAAGCUGAUUCCCAUGAACUACUACGAGUCAUUCAGAGAAGACAAGCCCCGGGCAAAACCAAUUGUGCGCGCUCGUCGUCUACGAAAAGAUGUAGGCCCGUUUAGUCCCGACGAUAUCCAGAAACCAAGCUUGACCUGGAUCCAUGUUCGGAGAAAUAACUUUCCAUAUCUAGUGCUUACGACAAUCGGGCAACAAAAGGCUAAAAGACGGAGGCACGAGAAGCUCAAGAGAGAUCUAAAGCUCAAUGAACAUAUUCUCUCUUUCGACCACUUGGAACGCACCUUGGACGAGGCGUACUAUCCGGGCCUCUCUCGUGAAGCCCUGGAAGUACGCAAUCAUGAUCAAGUGGUCUCACACAGUAAAGACGACUUUACCUCCUUUGAUAAGCGAGACAGUGGCUCGAAAAGAACCAGUGGAGAAGCAUUCAUCCUCAUGGUGCCGCAGCUCUGGCUUUACAAGUUGGGUAAUGUCGUCAUAUCUGCUUACAGUAUGGAUCAGGGAACUCAAUACGCGUCCAAUAGAAAGCGGCGAGGACUUCGUUACUAUGACAGAAUCCGAUACGGUGACGGGAGAGAACAAGCGACACCUGCGGAUAUCCACCUCGGCUUGAUCAUCACUAGCUUCAUAGAUAGGUUUGGUAAGACCUACUGGGAUGACGAUGACCUCAUCCAUCCGCCUCCACUGGAUCUUUUUGAGACAAGAGUGGUUCAGCUUCUGUCGGAAGUGAGGAAGUACAUCGAACAGCCUUCUGGAGGAAAAUCGAGUUCCAGUGGACUUGAAUACCGCCGGGAGCGAUACUUCAUACACGUCAUAUCCGAUGUGCGCAGCGAGCUUGCUAUGAUACAGCAUGUUCUCGACCAACAGGAGCGUAUCUUAAAACAGUUUCUCAAAGAUUGCCUACCUGCAAGCGAAAAACAGCAUUUACCAGAUUGGGCACCAAUCGAAGCUUCUCAAGAGACCAUCCAACAGUACAUGAGAAGAGUAAAGAAGAUCGACGGCGAUGCGGACAGAAUCGAGAAGAGCAUACAGGACAUGCUCAACCUGAAGCGCACGCACGCUAGUAUCAGGGAGGCACACAGCAGCCUCAUUGUGAGCACCGCUGUUAUCGGAUUUACCGUCAUUACGAUCGUCUUCACACCACUCGCAUUUCUCACGGCACUUUUCGCCCUCAAGAUUGACGGAUUCGAGAACCUCCAAAUCUCCGGUAGUGAUGGCGUUUUCCAUAGCGGCAAGAUUGGUGGCAUAUUUGCGAGUACUGAGAUCUUGACACUAGUAUUGACAGGUAUCGCAGUAUGGCUAGCAUUCAAGUACAUAAAUCGCGACCAAGAACGUUCCUCGAAAGAAAAGACAGUUGCUUGGCUGGAGGGCUUCACAUCCCGGUCCAAAGGACAAAUCAGAAAGAAGCGUGCGAAAGUCGCGGAUAUAGAAUCAUCAGGGCUGGACGAGCUCCAGGGAUCAAUUACACGUUCCUCAGAAAGUUCCGAUUCGCGAGCUUCACUACAUACAUCGCAGGUACAAGAUGAAACUGAAGAUGAAGACGGAGAUGAAGAUGAAGACGAAGACGAAGACGAAGACGAAGACGAAGACGAAGACGAAGACGAAGACGAAGACGAAGACGAAGACGAAGACGAAGACGAAGACGGAGACGGAGAUGAAGAUGGAUAUAAAACUAUGUUGACUCGCAGUGCGAGUGCUGCGACCUGGCCUAUGGAUCGGAAAGCCCAGCUGAAACAUCCUCACAACAGAGGACGUGGAAGAGUCGUGGAUCCGGAAUUAUUAAGACAGGGCGAGCCCCAAGAACCAACAAGUUCCUCGGAGAAUCCUAACCCUACAACUGCACCACACACACCGCAGCCACAAGAUGAAGUCACAUCGAUUCGCAGCAUAUGA